AUGGAUCAAUCGCCAAACAACAAGGUUCAUCUGGAGAAGGCACAGAACUUCAUGCGCCAGUACCGGGAUCCGGAGUCGCGCGAACUGAAGAAGCUGUCCGCCAACCAGUUCAUGGACGUCUGGAGUCAUUAUGAUCGCGAUGGAAACGGUUACAUCGAAGGUUCCGAGCUGGACGGGUUUCUCAAGGAGUUCGUCUCAAGCGCCAACGCUACCGACAUCAGCCCGGAGCAAAAAGCGUCGCUUACCGAUGAGAUGCUGGUAGAGCUGAAAUCAUGCUUCAUGGAGGCGUACGACGAUAACCAGGAUGGGAAAAUUGACAUCAGAGAGCUCGCCCAGCUGCUCCCGAUGGAGGAGAACUUUUUGCUGCUCUUUCGGUUCGAUAAUCCACUCGAAUCGAGCGUCGAAUUUAUGAAGAUCUGGCGAGAAUAUGACUCCGACAACAGUGGCUACAUCGAGGCGGAUGAACUGAAGAACUUCCUGCGGGAUCUCUUGAAGGAAGCGAAAAAGAUAAACGACGUGUCGGAGGACAAAUUGAUCGAGUACACCGAUACAAUGCUACGAGUUUUCGAUGCAAACAAAGAUGGAAGACUGCAGCUGUCGGAGAUGGCGAAACUGCUUCCAGUGAAAGAAAACUUCCUGUGCCGGCAGGUGUUUAAGGAAGGGAAAAUAGACGAAGAAGGCGCCGCUAAACUAACGAAAGAAGACAUCGAAAAAGUGUUUUCACUCUACGACCGAGACAAUAAUGGUUCAAUUGAGAACGAAGAAUUAAGAGGUUUCUUGAAAGAUCUGCUCGAGCUAGUGAAGAAGGAUUACGACGCGCAGGACUUGAUCGAGUUCGAGGAAACGAUCCUGCGCGGCGUCGGGUACGACAAGGAUGGUAAAAUUUCGCGCAAAGAGCUCACCAUGAUUCUGCUGGCGCUGGCCAAACUGCCGCCAGAGGACGACCAGUAAUUAAUGGCGUCGGCGGUCUGCAUCGAGACUACUAGUAGCAGCCAGCCCUGUAGUAGUAGUGGUAGCAGCAGCCAGGACCCGAUCACCAAGGACCUCUUUCCGCCCAUCGCCAGCGUGCAGGACGGCAUCAGGGAUCUGUAUCGUAAGUUUCGGCGAAAGAUUCACAAGAAGGACUAGC